GGCGCGGCGGACGCGGAGCCGGAGUGCGGGGGGGCCAUCCCAUUCUCCGCCAGCAAAGCCAGUCCGCGGGCGUGGAGAGUCAGCCAGUCUAUGGGGAGCGACCACGAGAGGUCAUGGAUGAAAGUGCUGCCACUCAGUCUGCUGUGCACCGGACUGCUGCUCUGGUGCGUCUUCAGGGAGAAAACGGAGAUUGAUGAGCAACUAGAAGCAGUUUUCUCUGGUCAGAUCACGGACUCCUUAGAUGAUGCCCAAAAAAACCCUCAAGACGACCAGUGGAUAGCAAUGCACAAGCGCAAGAAGGAGGGAAUUUACGAUAACGAACUGAUUGUGAAAUCCCCGCCUUCUCUCGGAACCCUAAUGAUCAGGCAUGAGUGGUUCUGUGAAUAU